AUGGCCAAAUACGUGCAAUCAACUCUCGCAAAAAACGAUUUCUUUGAUCUUUCAAAUCUACCAGAACAACGCCAUUGCGAAUCACUUACUACCAAGCGGUGUCUUCGUCAUUUUAAAUACUACAAUAUGGAUAUUAAACUGGAAGCAAAAUCAAAAACAGACAAAAUAUUUUUGACCAUUCAAAUAGAAGACACGUUUUUAAAACAGCAGAUUACCCUCGACAUUGACAACCCAGGUCGAACAAUCCCAUACUCGGAUCCAAUAUAG